CGCCGCUUUGCACAAAACUUAAACAACAUAAACGUUUAUUGUAGGUUAUUUUUGAAAAACUGUCUUUGUCCAUUUAGCAGCUUUCUCUUACUGCGGCAGAUAGAGUGACAGAAAACGUGUUUCUUUGUAGCAGUCUUAUAUGCAAUUUCCUCCUUUGCUACUUAUCAAAAAUGAACCAGUGCAGCCAUAGAUAAUUGCCUGCCACAUGUAAUAAGAAUUGAUUUCCAGCUGCACAUUGGGUUUUUUUAUGCCGAAAAAAGUAUUUAUUAUUUUCAUCACCUCUCCUUGCAUUUUACCUUGCAUGACAUUCCCUCUACUCUGUGUUCUCUGACUGAAUGACCUUCAAGUGAGGAGUCCAGCGGUACAGUGAUUACUGAUCACAUGGUGAAACAUCCAGUCACUCACAACGGGAAGGUGUGGGGGUUCUUUUAUAGGACAUUGAAAAGCUUUUAGGCUUGUGCUGGGUUACCAAGGAGAUGUUAUUUGAAAAAGAAAGAGGCAGUUUUAUAGUAGUUUUUGCUUGUUUUUUUACAGCAAUUCUCUUUUCUUUCCCUUUUCUUAAGCAGCUAGAGGAAAUCUCUUCAGAACAUCAGCAUAGCGCACCAGUGAAAGGCAGCCUUGCGGAGCCAAUGCGGAGAAAUUAUCUGCUGUCAGGUCCUGCGCCGGGCUGAUAGGGAAACGCAGCACAUCGAGGGCCACUGCAAGGUGAGAGGGACGGCCGCAGGGGGAAGGGACCGAAGAUGCCAUCCUCCACCAUGCAAAUAUUUGCCUUCAUUCUGGCGGUACUGGGAGUCGUGAGUGCCACAGUGGCCACACUGCUACCCAACUGGAAAGUGAGCGCAGAUGUGGGCUCCAACAUCAUGACUGCCAUCUCGCAGAUGCAGGGGCUAUGGAUGGACUGCACCUGGUACAGCACCGGAGUCUUCAGCUGCUCGCUUAAGUCCUCGGUGCUGGCGUUGCCGGCUUAUCUCCAGACUGCACGCACCACUAUGGUGCUUUCCUGCAUGAUGGCGACAAUGGGACUCUGUCUGGCCGCCCUAGGGCUGAAAUGUACUCGCUGGGGUGGCAGCUAUCGCUCUAAGGGACAUACAGCGAUUUCCGCAGGGGCUUGCUUCGUCAUAGCAGGGGUCCUGUGUCUGGUGCCUGCAUCCUGGUUCACCAAUGAGGUCAUCACUACGUUUAUGGACUCCAAAGUGCCCAAAAGCAGCAAGUACGAACCAGGUACGGCGGUGUAUGUGGCAUUUGUGUCGGCAGGAUUCCUUUUAGCCGCAGGCGUAAUAUUUUGCUUAUCAUGUCCUGGAAGAAGAGGCGGUCCAUUGGAUUUGGGCUCGUCCCACCCCGACAAGCCAAAACAGCUGAAGCUGCGCCAGCAGCAGCCGACCCGCAACCAACAGAAACAGCAGCACCGCGAACAGCACAGUCAGACUGAACCACUGGAACAAGAGCAGUCACAUCGAGAUAAACUACACCAGGAAAAUCUACAAGCGGACGAUCGUCAGCAAGAGAAGUCAGUGCUGGACAGGUUGAACCUGGAGAAGGACAAGCAGUACCACUCCCCAUCCAGAACCCGAAAUCAAGACGCCAAGGCUGUCUAUUGUCUGCACGACUACGUGUAAACAACAAUCGAGUAUUUAGAGUGUACUUGCUUAACAAACUGCCUUUCUUUGUGAGUGGCAAAAAGAGGAGGGGAAAAGCAGUGGAGCAGCGGGAGGAAUAAUGACUUUGAUGCCGUUAUCAACCCUUCUCAUCUGUGCUUUCACUCACAGCAAGGUAUUUCCAAAGCCCCGGAUCAGACAAAGUAAGGAUUGCGAAUCCUCGGGUUCAUGGUUUUUAUUGCAACUACAAGUAAAAAAGGGGGCCAAAUGGUGACGUAUCAUAAAAAUGCAACAUAAGAAAGGGGAAUUUCUUAAGAUAUUAAUGUAAGGAAAGUUCUGAAGGUGCAUUGGUUUGAAAAAACAAACAAUUUUAUAGUUGUCCCAUCAUUAAACUAAAACGCAAAUUCUCAAGAGCAAUUUUAUCAGCCUUUUGAUAA